GUAAGUUUGGUUCAUUCCCUGGUAGAAUCUCGUUCGGCAAACAACUCUUUCUAGAGUUUCAAAAUUUUACAAAUUUCUAAAAUACUUGCCUAAAAAAAGCCAUCAAACAUGUCGUGUAACAGAUCUUUUGGACCUGGACCUGGCGCCUACAAUUUGCCCAGCACCUUUGGCUUCAAGAACUGCGACAAUCGGAUGCAGCGCAGUCCACAGUUCUCAUUCGGCAGAUCCUCGAGAGCGUGUAAUAGUUCCAGGAAGAUGGAAACUGGACCUGGCCCAGCAGCCUAUCACCUGGGCAAGAUUACGAGAUUUGGACGUCCUGCAGCCGAGGACUACACUGUUUAUCGUCGUCAUUAGUGUAUUAGGGUGUAGGUAUAUGUUUAAAAUAUAGAUGGCUUUGAUAAAAAUA